CUCGGGCGGCCGAAGCUCUCGACUCCCGGACUGGAGGCGCGCAGGCGGACGGGCAGGCGGGCAGGCGGCUGCAGCGCUGCUGCUGCGCGGCCGGUCUAAGGCUCGGACUGCCGGGCUGCUCCUGUUCCCUCCUGCAGACGCCGGGCGCUGCGGCGCGCCCGGGCGGGCCCUCCCUGCUCCCGAGGCGGCUGCGGCUGCGGCAGUGGAGGCUCCCGGCUCCCGGCCCCCGGAUCCCAGCUCCCAGCGCAGCCGCCCACCCCGGCGGGCCCCGGCGAACAAGGAGCCCGGGGGCGACCCGCUCGGGGCUUGCGUGCGCCCCCGAGUCAUGGAGAGGGGCCGGUAAGGGGCGCACGGAGGCACAGGAGGAGGAGGGGCCGAGGAGAGGAGGAGGAAGACGAGAGAUCUGAGAGGAGGAGAGCCCGAGGAAGAGGAGGAGGAAGAGAGAUUGGAGAAGAGGAGGAGGAGGCUGAGAGGGCCGAGGGCGGAGGAUGCCGCCGCUGCCGCCGCCGGCGCCCGCGGACUCGGACAGAGCCUGAGGCAGAGCGGGAUGGAGCCCGCGCUGGGCGCUGCAGCGGCUCCCAGCGCAGCCCAGACCAGGGCAGCGGCAUGGACCUAACCAAGCACUGACUGAGCCUGGAGACCCUGGUGUCAAGAAGGAGGUUCCCUAGGGGGCAGCUGUGGCCGCCCACACUUCCUACUAGCCCCUCUGAUCCUGAGCCCGUGGAGAAGCAUCCCCAUGAAGGUGUCCAGUCAUGCAAUGCUCCUGGAAGGCUGUCCUCCUCCUCGCCUUGGCCUCCAUCGCUAUCCAGUACACGGCCAUCCGAACCUUCACCGCCAGGUCCUUCCACGCCUGCCCGGUGCCCAGCCCUGUGAACUGUAGCCCUGGCCCUGGGGAGGCUGAGAUGGCCGAGCGCUUAUGCGAGGAGAGCCCCACCUUAGGCUACAACCUCUCGAGGAAGACCCACAUCCUCAUCCUAGCCACUACCCGCAGCGGCUCUUCUUUCGUGGGCCAGCUCUUCAACCAGCACCUGGACUUCUUUUACCUUUUCGAACCCCUUUAUCACGUCCAGUAUACCCUCCUCCCCCGCUUCACGCAGGGCAAGAGCCCUACGGACAGGCGAGUCAUGCUGGGCGCCAGCCGAGACCUGCUGCGGAGCCUCUACGACUGCGACCUCUACUUCUUGGAGAACUACAUUAAGCCGCCUCCUGUCAACCACACCACGGACAGGAUCUUCCGCCGGGGGGCCAGCAAGGCUCUGUGCUCGCCCCCGGUGUGUGAGGCUCAAGGCGCGGUGGACAUGAACCUCGAGGAGGGAGACUGUGUGCGCAAGUGUGGCCUCCUCAACCUCACCUUGGCUGCGGAGGCCUGCCGAGAGCGCAGCCACGUGGCCAUCAAGACGGUGAGGGUCCCCGAGGUCAACGACCUGCGGGCCCUGGUGGAGGACCCCAGGCUCAACCUCAAGGUCAUCCAGCUGGUCCGAGACCCUCGGGGCAUCCUCGCCUCCCGAAGCGAAACUUUCCGGGACACUUACCGGCUGUGGCGCAUAUGGGACGGCACCGGGAGGAAGCCCUACAACCUGGACGUGACGCAGCUGACCACGGUCUGUGAGGACUUCUGGAACUCCGUGUCCACCGGCUUGGCCCGGCCCCCAUGGCUGAAGGGCAAAUACAUGCUGGUGCGGUACGAGGACCUGGCCCGCAACCCCAUGAAGAAGACGGAGGAGAUCUACGGGUUCCUGGGCAUCCCCCUCGACAGCCACGUAGAGCGCUGGAUCCAGAACAACACGCGCGGGGACCGCUCCUCCUCCAAGCACAAGUACGGCACCGUGCGCAACUCGGCCGCCACGGCCGAGAAGUGGCGCUUCCGGCUCUCCUACGACAUCGUGGCUUUCACCCAGAACGCCUGUCAGCAGGUGCUGGCCCAGCUGGGCUACAAGGUGGCCACGUCGGAGCAGGAGCUCAAGAACAUGUCCAUCAGCCUGGUGGAAGAGCGGGACUUCCAUCCUUUCUUGUGACCGGCGGACAACGCUGGGGACCGCGGGACUAGGGGAGGGUGCGGGCCGUGGGCUCGGCCCCGGAGGACCAUUUUUAACUGUUGCCUUAUCCCCUCUCCUUCCCCAGCCCCUGUCUUCGUGCCCUUCCCACCCUUCUCACCUUUCUCUUUUCUCUCUGAAAUUUGCACUACGUCCCCCAAUGGACGUCACUAGGGAAUGGAGAGGGAUGAGCUGGGGGAAGGUGCCCCCUGCCCAGGGAAGCUGGGUCUCUCUGUGGAUGGUUAACAAUGUUUACAAAUACCACACCCACACCUGCAACCACACAUACACCUGCAACCACACAUACACACACACACACAGACACACACAGACACACAGACACACACACAAGCACACACACUCACACAAUCACACACUCACACAAUCACACACUUACACAAUCACACAUGCCCAAGACAUAUAGGACACAACUUCUCUGUCAAGCUUCCCCAGUGGAAGGGUAUUUGGGAUUAUUGUACUUUUUGCACUUUUACAAGGUAAGAGAUUAAAAAGAAAAUGAUCUUCUCUAAUUUAUGAAUGGUGUCAAUCCCGGCCCCACCCCACCAUUUUCCUGUUCCCCAUCUCCCUGCCUCCACCAGCCCCGCCUCCAACCCCCCAGGAGCAUUAGCCCUUGCUCCUCCUCCCCACCCCUGGCCGUUGGUGAACACGUUUUUUCUUUUUUCUUUUUCCUGUGAGGUGAAUGUGGAACUCCUUGUCUCCCUUGCCCCCCAGUCUGUUGCAAUAAUGUUGUUUGUCUGAGUCUUGUUGCUGGGCCUGGUCGCUGAUUGGUGUAUGAGUCUCUGUUGGCUCUUAGGGGUUCGUUCACCUGUGACAUAUUUUUGUGCCAAAAAAAAAAAAAGCAAAAAAAAAAAAGUCGGAUUGGUUUGCUAA